CUUACGGCAUUCAGCUCAAUAACAAACAAACCCUAGGCGACGUGUUCACUUUCUUGCAACUUUCUGGUUAACAGACACAUAUUUCCUUUAACAGCACGUUGUUGUUGUUGUUUUUUCCCAGGCUGAUGAAAAGGUGUUUUUGUUCUAAAUACAGCUGAUUUGAUUUGACUGCUCCGGCGAAAUGGCUACAACUUCAUCUCAGUAUGACCACGUGGAGCUUGAAGGAGUGGAGGAAGAAGGUGUUAAACCACGGGGCAUGGGUGUGCGGCGGAACCUUUUCGGCCCGGUCGACCACCAGCAGCUUCAGCAGGACUUCCACAGGCUCUUGUGCAUGAGUAUGGAGGUGGCCAAGCAGCGCUGGAACUUUGACUUCCAGACCGACCGUCCUAUCCCUGGCUUGAUGGAGUGGGACGAGAUCCAGUGCGAGGACGUGCCAGCCUUCUACCACAGCUGUGUGGUGAGAACGGGUAAACGCAGACUGGAGGUUCCCAUCAGUGCUGGUGGAACUUUGGCAUACAGAGGAAAUGAGUUGAAAAAGAGAGCAGUCAAAUACAAACAGGCUGCCAUCACAGACUUCUUUACCGUGAAGAAGAGGAGGUUUCUUCAUUACAAAGUUUCUUCAAGGCAGCAAGAAGAGAAUAGACACAUACGCAUCUGAAGAUCCUCUCAACUCCUCACUGUGUAUGUAAAUGUACAUACAAUAUCUGCAGUUGUUGAUAUCAGUUAUCUAUUAACAAAUUGUUAAUAAGCUUAAAGUAUACUGUGAAGGUACAGAAAUGCACUUCAAAAAGGACCCUUUCAUUAAUAACUUGACAACAGUCAAGUUGCAACAGUUCCGUUUCCCACCCUGUGUAAAUGCCAGUAUCAUUUGUGUCUUGAGUAACAGCCGAGGCUAAAUAUUACGUCCAGACAUAAAACGGUUAGUCUUGCUGUUUUUAAAUUUAUGAUUUAUGAAACUUGAUUUUAUGCAUCUUGAACUUGUUUGGAAAAAAAAAAAAAACAGCAAAAGCCUUACUGUGUAUAUUCUAUAAAUGGAUAAUACUUACUACCUAUUUAUUCUUUUCCAUGUAAGAAAACAUAUCAUUGGAACAUAAAGAAAAAGCUGAACCAGAGCUAGACUGGUAAAUCUGAGCCAUGGCCUUAUUGUGUUUGUGAUUUGAAGAAUAGUUCAUGGGAAAGAAAAGGUUUUGUCAAGGAAUAAAUCACUCUUACCUCAACAUGGUCACUGAACUGAUCUUAGAAGGCAUGUGACCUGACCUCUGACCCCAGGUGCAUACCUGAAUUCCACUUCGUAAACAUUUCACUACUUCACUGUUCAGUGCAAAAUUUGUUUAAGACUCUCAAACAGACUAUAUAUAACUACCCAAGUUACAAUUUACCUUGCUGACUACAUAAAAAAAAAACAAAUAUUGCCUACAUGGGUAGAGAUGCCACGUAUUGUCCUUUAUACCAGUUUUCCUAAACUACACUGCUUUUAAAUGUUAAGGCAGGGGGUAAAAUGGCAAGAUAUUUUUUUUAUUCAGCUUAUUUUAUUGUAAAUGUUAUCAAUAUGGCCUUCUUCUAUUAACAGUGUACAAACAUUAGUUGUGCCUUUUCGCUGUUGAUUAGCUCUAAAUGUAUAGUUGUAUAGACAAAGAAUAAUAUCUGUUGUAUUAACAGCAAUAACGCACAACACCUUGUUUGGACUGUAUAAGUUCAUUUUUGACUUUUAAUCAUGUAGCAUUUUAUCUUUUUUUAUAUUUCACUUCUGUUAUGUUACCCGUUUUGGUUUUGAAUAGUAUUUCAAGCAACUGUAGCAUUUUUAAUUGCAGUAAAUUGAGUAAUUGCAGUGAAUUGAAUUGCGUCAAAGGACAUAGAACUGUUUAUAACUGUUUAUAAGAGACUUAUAAAGCCAUGCUUGGCAUGUAAAUAGCAGGGAAGUAUCUUCAAUUGUCUGUUUUUUUCUGAGAGUUUGUAUGUGAUUGUUUCAUUCCUCCACAUUGUUUGAUUUUGAAAAGGCAGCUUAAGAAAAUAGCCAAAGAUUUGCUCCAAACAGUAUCAAAAAUAAGCAACUACCAACUGCUGUAAGAGAAAAGGGACAAAGCCACUAGUCUUAACCAGCUCAUAAAACACACUUUUGGUCUUGUGGCAGUGGCUAAAUAAAACACUCUUGGGUGUUACACGUAUAUUUGGUGACCGUCACUAUGCCCUACAGCAGCUGAACUAUUUUUAUAUUUGUAAAUAUUAUUGAAGAAGAGGGUUCAUCUACCUCACAAACAAUGAAGAGUUUAUUUUAUUAUCAGAAACCCUCCUGAUCCCAUCACCUCAUAGAUGCUGAGUUAAAAGAGAUAGAUAGAAACAAAACCUCUCUUUUUAGCCUUAAGAUAAUCGAGUCCUGUUUAAAUUGGGCAGAUUUUUCUCUGCUUUCCCAGAAAUAAUCAGCGAAGUAUUUACACUAACUGAUCGGUCAAACAAAGGUCAAAGCCUAAAUCUACCACACACAGGACAUAUGAGGCUAUAAACAUCCACGUCCAGGUGCUUAAAGGCAUCAUCGUCUUCCAUAAAACCUUCUUUUUUUAGUUUUAUUCGUUCACAUCACCUCACUUUGAACUGGUUUGACAUUACAAGUUUUGCUACGAGUGUGUUCUGUACCGUGGCUGUUCAUUGUGCCCAUCAUUUUUGUUUCAGAGCAACCUUAAAUGUUUAACUUAUUGAAAGAUAAUUCCGUUUAAAGAUUACUAACUAA